UGAAGCUGGCUGAAGUGAUAACUGGUUCCGCCCUGACUGAAGGUCCGUCCGUCCCUCCGUGACCUUCCGGCCCUGCAGGCUGGAAGUGAGGCCUGUUGUGGUUCUGGUGAAAACACGUGUGAACACCUGAGGAGCUGCGGGGCCCAGCAGAGCCCAGCCUCUCUGCGGGGACGCUUCUCAGCGGGGGUCCGCUCGACUUCACAGCUUCCGAAUCGCCCUUUUCUCACCUAAUGAGGACACUCACAGGGCCGCUGAUAAGACUGGAGACAAAGGCUUGUUCAAUGGAGAGGGGGUGGCCUGGGAGAAAAGGUCUGAAGCCAGACAGAGCUCAUCUGGACGGGCAGCCGACGGUCGCAGUUUGGGCUGAUAAAGGGACUUUACGCACAAAACAUUUUACACACACGGAGCGCAGCCGUGAACGCCCGGUGUGUGGCCGUGUAUCUGGCGCUGUGAGGCGGAUGGUUCGUGCCCCCGUUGCCCUGAAGACACUCAGAGUGUGUGUGUGUGUGUGUGUGUGUGUGUGUGUGUGUGCUCGUGUGUGACCCGAGGCCCGGUGCUCGCCUCCUCAGACGCUGGGUAGAAAAAUGGAGCGUGUGCCUUUAAGGCGCCCGACUGCCUGUCGCUCUGUGCUGCGGAGAGACUGACGCCCUCUGGACACAGUGGACACUUGAGCGGCGGCAGAGAGAACACCAUCCUGGAGGAGUUCAAAGAGAAAACAGCCACACUCCCUCUGGAAAAGAAAAAGUUAGGAGCUCGUUAACAGCGUUGUGGUGUUUCCAGUGCCGUGCUGGUGAGCCGUCAGGAUGAGGCCUGGUGAGCUGAUCCUCCCCACCGCCGCCACUCUCCUCUUCCUCCUAUCAGGCCUGUCUCUGACCUCCGGCUGCAACAAAGCCCUCUGCGCCAGCGACGUCAGCAAGUGUCUCAUCCAGGAGCUGUGCCAGUGUCGUCCGUCUGACGGGAACUGCUCGUGCUGUAAAGAGUGCAUGCUGUGUCUCGGGAACCUUUGGGAAGAGUGCUGCGACUGCGUGGGGAUGUGCAACCCCAAAAACUACAGCGACUCUCCGGCCACGUCGAAGAGCACUGUGGAGGAGCUGCACCGUCCGAUCCCCUCGCUGUUCCGCGCCCUCACAGAAGGCGACGCGCCUAUCAACAUGAUGGUGGUGUCCUUCCCCGUCGCCGAGGAGCUCUCCCACCACGAGAACCUGGUGUCCUUCCUGGAGUCGCUCGACAGCCAGCAGCAGAACGUCUCCGUGCCUGGCAACAGCAUCCACGCCAGCUACGACACUCAAGAAAACAUGUGCACGGUGGUCUACUUCGACGACUGCGUGUCUAUCCGUCAGUGUAAACAAUACUGUGAGUCAAUGGGAGGAUCCAAGUACCGCUGGUUUCACAACGCCUGCUGCCAGUGCAUCGGACCCGAGUGCGUGGACUACGGCAGCAAGGCCGUGAAGUGCAUGAACUGUCUCUUCUGAAGUGCGGGCACACAUUGGUACCGAAUGUCUGGGCCAAACCAGAGGACUGAGGGCGGAGGAAACUAUGACUGUUAUGUGUUAGCAUUCCUCAGUUACCUUGUAAAAUACCCCCCACACCCCUCCUCCUACCCCGCAAAAUUGUUUUUAUUCUGCUGUUAUGUUUCACUGUAUAUUUUUAGAUAUGUUUUCAAUAGUGUUUUUUACUAGAGGUGUAUAUGAAUAAUGUAUUUUUACAAUUAUGGUCUGCUAAAUCCCAGUCUCAUGCCAAAUAAAAGUUUGGUGACAUGGA